AGACAGGGAAGAAAAAACUGCAGUAUCUGAGCUUUGGGGACUUUGCCUUCUGUGCUGAGCUCAUGAUCCAGAACUGGACCCUUGGAGCCGUCGACUCUCAGGUGGAUGACAUGGACAUGGACUUAGACAAGGAGUUUCUCCAGGACUUGAAGGAGCUCAAGGUGCUUGUGGCUGACAAGGACCUUCUAGACCUGCACAAGAGCCUGGUGUGCACUGCCCUCCGGGGGAAGCUUGGUGUCUUUUCGGAGAUGGAAGCCAACUUCAAGAACCUGUCCCGGGGGCUGGUGAAUGUGGCCGCCAAGCUGACCCACAAUAAGGAUGUCAGAGACCUGUUUGUAGACCUCGUGGAGAAGUUCGUGGAACCCUGACGCUCUGACCACUGGCCAUUGAAUGAUGUGCGGCUCUUCCUGAAUCAGUAUUCAGCUUCAGUCCACUCCCUGGAUGGCUUCUGGCACCAGGCGCUCUGGAACCGCUACAUGGGCACCCUCCGUGGCUGCCUCCUGUGCCUCUAUCAUGACUGAGGCCUCUCCCCCAACCCUGGCCACACUGACAAUAAAGUUGCCAUGACUUUGAAAAAAAAAAAAAAAA